AUGAGCGCCAGCCGCCAUGCAAGAAGUUCUCGAGGCCUCUGGGCACGGGGCGCGAUCAACAAAGCCUGGGCGCCACAGGCGGACAAGUUCAUUGCCGUUACGAAGACCACCGAUGCCGCCGACAGGUUGAUAGCCUCAUCUCCGAAGAGCUAUACCGUGCAGACGCCGACGCAACCGAAUCCCAUAUUCUUUGACCUCAAGAAGUCUUCACAUACUCCAGAUCCGGUCAUUUCUGAUACGAUAAUCUCUGAUCCGAUUGAGUCUGAUAGCAGUCAGUGCCCAGAAGAGAGGACAACGUUCACCAUCACAAUCAGCCCAAAGAGCAGCCAGCACGCGGACCAGGGGUUUCACGAUCCGCUUCAGGGCUCAUGGCCGGACCAGUUCACAGAAACCGACACCUUUACGUCGGCCAUGCUCAAGCAGUCCUUGCCCUCGAACAUGGCUGCCACGGGCCUUGCGCAUUGGGGCAUGUCAGAACAUAUCCGCCAGGACAGGCCGAAGUUUAUAAGGCGGGAGGCCCCAUUAUCGGAGGAGGACGCGCUGGCAGGACGAAAUUCCGAUGUCGACUAA